AAACUCUAACACACACACACACACACACAGAGAAACCCCAGAACAGGUGGAGUGCACUUGGCGAUCAGAGGCAGGGGCAUUGUAUUGUUGACUGGAAGUGAAUGCAGUGAGAAGGGGGAAGUUUUCCAACAAGCUCAGAGCUGCAGUGGACGUAUCAGGUUAAAGACCGGGCAGUUCCCCUGUUGCGUUUCUCAUUCCUCCGGCAGCUCCUAUACAGCAUGGAUCUAAAAAACGAGCUGCUGAAAUCCAUCUGGUACGCUUUCACCGCCCUGGACUUGGAACAGAGUGGAAAAGUCUCUAAAUCUCAACUCAAGGUGCUGUCCUACAACCUGUACACCGUGUUGAAUAUUCCCCACGAUCCCAAGAUCCUGGAGGACCACUUCCGUGAUGACAAUGACGGGCCUGUUUCCAGCCAUGGGUACAUGCCUUAUUUGAACAAGUAUAUCCUGGACAAGGUGCAAGAAGGCCAUUUUGUCAAGGAGAACUUCCACGAGCUUUGCUGGACUUUAACGGCCAAGAAAAACUACAAACCCUCAAGAGGCCAGGGCCUGAUCUCGGAGUCAAGCGCCUUCAAACUCUGGUGCCUCUUUAACUUUUUGUCGGAAGACAAGUACCCCUUGGUGAUGGUCCAUGAGGAGGUUGGGUAUUUGCUGAGGAAAGUAUUCACGGCAACUGGACAGGAAUGGCUACACGAAGAGGAGCUGGCUGAGUACUUCUCCCAGAAUCCUUCGCUGUCUGGGGCGGUCACAGUCUGGCAGUUCCUGGAGAUGAUGGAAUCGGGAAGGUUCACGAAACCAGCCAGCAAGGAAUCUCUCGCUCUGGGAAUCCAGUCCGUUUACGAGGAGCUGGUGUUGGACGUAAUGCAGAAGGGAUACAUGUGGAAGAAAGGCAAUGUCCGAAGGAACUGGAAUGAGCGCUGGUUCGUCCUAAAGGCUUCCAACAUCCACUACUAUCUCAAUGAGGACCUUAAGGAGAAGAAGGGGGAAAUUCACCUAGAUAUGGACAGCACUGUGGAGAUGCUCCCUGAUAAGGAAGGGAAGCGAUGCCUAUUCUGUAUAAAGACCGUAAACCGUACGUAUGAGCUGAGUGCUUCAGACCUGAAGCGGAGACAGGAAUGGAUAGACAGUAUCACAGCUGCGAUCUGGAUCCUGGCGGAGAACAAGAGCUCAGUGCACAAGCUGCAGAAGGAGAGACGGAGAGAGCAGCGACAGCAGGCAGCUACCAGGUUAUUGGAGAAGAAGGCACAGGAGGACAGGCUGGCAGAGCUUCAGGUCGAGAGGGAAACACAACUGGCACAGCUCGAGCAGCUCAGGCAGGCACAGGAAGAAGCUCAGCACCUCUGGCGAACCAAGGAGCUCCACUGGAUGAAGCAGCACGAGGAGCUCCAGCAGAAACUACAGAUGCAGCUGCAAAAGGCCAAGUCGGACAAGCUCCAGAUGCAGUUGGUGAUGGAACGGAAGGAGCAGGAGGCCGGUGCCCAGCGCCAGCGGAUUCAGGAACUGGAGACGAUGCAGCGAGGGUUGGAGCAGGCCCUAAAGGCUGAGAUUGAGGCCCACAGCAAUGAGCAGACAGUGCGAUCUGCGCAGGCAAGGCUGCUGCAGGAGGAGGAGGAGAAGCUGAAGGAACUGAUGAUGCUCAGAUCUGAGCAGCACGAUCUCGCCCACCAGGAGGAGAGACAGCAGCAGCAACGGCUGACCACCAAGGCCCAGGCUCUGCAGAAGGCCGUGGAGCAACUGAGAGAGAGCAGGCAACGGAACAAGCAAGAUCUCGCUGUGGCAGAGCAAAUGAGGAGGAGAGCCAGUCAGCACGUGAAACACUGGAAUGUGCAGCUGAAUCGACUGAUGCAGCCGAUUGUGCCUGGGGCCGCCCAGAAUCAGCCAAAGAGUGACAUCCUGAGCCACAGAGGAGGAGGAGCUUUCAUUCCCAAAGAGUUUGCUGUCAGGAGGAAAGAGCACAACGCCAGGAGACAACAUGAGGUGGUCCCGUCUCGGGACUCCGAGGAGAUGCCAGGCUCUGACUCUGAGGAUUACGAAAACAUGACGGAGUACAUAAAGAACAUGUCGCUGACAGGGGCUAACAUGAUCCCCUAAGUGGAUCCAUAGUGUUGGACUGACCAGUGUGAGUGAAGAUGUGAGGGACUCUGUGGGGAGUCACUGCUGAAUCCCGGUGUGGCUGUGCAUGUGUGGGUGUGUGUGCGUGUCUCUGGUUUCCACUUCAGCCUGCCUGUUUGUCAGGCAGUGUGCCCCAGCCCCUCCCAGGGUCUGCACACAGCCAGGAACACUGUUGUGUUCCCUGACAUUGGAGCCAAGGACCUAGUAAGCAGGACGGAGACAGCCUGGGGGCCAUUGAUACUGGGAGAGACAAGCCCCAUCAACAUGAGUCCUUCUCCCUUCUCUCUCCCUGACUUCCCCCCACCCUGACUCCGCCCUCCCUGUUCUUCACCCCCUUCCUCUUGCCCCCACCCCCAUCUUUCCCCUACCCAUCCUCCUUACCCCUCUUUCUUUUUAUCCCUUCCACUUGUUCCUCCUUCCUCAUUUUAAUCCUCAUCUGCUUCUUCCCCCACCCCCUAUAGUGUCUCCAACUAACCCCCCUUCCCACUGAACACUUCCCCAAUCCCAUUCCCCUCUCCCCAAUGUACUACCCGCUCCCAUCUCUCUUUCUCUCCACUCCCGGCCCCACUAUCCCCUAUCCCCAAUUUCUCUCCCCUCAACCCCCUCUCCUCUCAACCCCCUCUCUCCCUAAAUCUCUCUGCCCCAACCCUUCUCCCCCAACCCUUCACCCCUACUCCCUUCACACCCUUUUCACCUACCUCUCUCUCUUUCUCCACCCCUCCUUCCCACUGCCCCCUUCCCCUGACCUCCCCACUCCUGUCCUCUUCUCACCCUCAACACCCCCCCCCUCCUCUCCAAGUUGUUCA